UACGAGCUUCGACAUAGCAUCAUAAAUAAACGCGAUUUGUCUCAGGUCGCAUUAUACUCCUGUCCAGCUAAGCUUUGUACCCAGCAUCCGUCUCUGUCUUGUCGUAGUUCCUAUAUUCUCAGCCGCAUAACCUAGCGCUGACAUCACCUUUCCCAUUCUACAUUGCCCAUCAUGGUUCAACUCAACGGAAACACGCCCAAGAUCACUUUAUACACCAACCAUCGCUGCCCUUGGGCGCAUCGUGCACACAUUGUGCUAAAGGAGUUGGGCCUUCCUUACGAGGAAGUCAUCAUUGACUUGGGCAAGCCGCGAGAGCCAUGGUAUCUUGAAAUCAACCCUCGCGGUCUUGUUCCUGCGAUUGAUUUCAACGGUGAGAUCAUCACAGAAUCUGGCGUCGUUGCAACGUUCUUGGCCGAUGCGUACCCUUCGCACGUCCUCCCCGCAGCAGGGUCCCCAGAUGCUGCCUUGACCAGGGCAAGAAUCAACUUCUUCGUUGACACUUGGUUUAGCAAGGCGGGCAGCUACUUCUACAAGAUUUUGAUGGCGGGUUCUGAAGAUGAGAAGGCGAAGUUGAGCCAGGAAUUUGUGGACGUUGUAGGCAAGGAGAUCGAACCGCUCUUGAAAGACGCGAAGCCAUUCUUUGGUGGAAGUCAGAAGGUCACGUUGGCUGAGGCACUGACAGCACCAUUCAUCAUCCGAACAUAUGCCAUGGCCAAGAACGAACUCCUCCCAAAGUCUAUCACAUCCGGCCUUGACGCACUGCCCAACUUCUCGAAAUGGGCCGCCGAAGUCGUCAAGCAGGACAGUGUGACGUACAUCUGGGACGAGGAGGCAGUCAUCGAUGGCACACGAAAAAGGAUUGAGAGCCAGAAGGCAGCUUCCAAGUGAGCUCUCACUGUAUCACUACAAUACGGCAUGCGAUGACCAUGACAAGGUUGUAAUUCGCUCACCAGGAUACAUCUAUCUACCUAUCUACACUUUUGAGUACAAUAUGUGCCAGGCCGCUUAGCACUGGGUGUGCAAAGUUGCUGAUCUUAUGCGAUGGUUUUUCUUCCGAGUGGAUAUCAUAAACGCUAACAUGAAGUAAUGCCAAACAGCGACACCGAAGCGCCUAUAGUGCGCCUU